CGGAAAAUGCUGCGGAUAACCCUAAUGGACUUUACGCUAAUCCAGAUAAUUUUCAAAAUGCUUAUGGUGUGACUGGCCAGAAAAUUCUGAUUGCGGGGCCCAACAACAAUAAUGGCAAUUAG